AUUAGGGAUUUAAUGGCCCAGUAGUGCUUUAGAGAGCCUUAAUUAGCCUCCAUGCAGCAGAGCAGAUAGCAGCAGCGCAGAUAGCAGCAGCAUUAAAGACAGAUUACAGCUGAGCAGAGUUCAGAGGCAAGCAUGGACUCACAGAGACACGGCGAGGCGGGGCGAGGAUCAGGCUUUCUGCAGUUUCUGUCGGAGCUCUGACAUUCUCGCCAACAUGCCUCAAGCAUGACCAUAAACUGGUUUAGCUGGUGCCGAGAGGAAAAGAGUCGGUAAGAGAAAAAGUCUCGGCAGCUCCCACCUGGGCUGGAAGCUCGACGCAGCUGGAAAGAAGAGAAAACAAAACAUGUUGAAGAAGCAAAAUGACGGACGUAAAGUUUAACCCACGGGAGGUUUGACGAGCUGGUAGUAGCGAGACAACAGUAUGGCGCGUCGCUCUCAGUGUUCCAACGCAGGGGAUAACCCCCUGGACCCCAACUACCUCCCUCCUCACUAUCGGGAAGAGUACCGCUUGGCUAUUGAUGCGCUGAUUGAGGAGGACUUGGAGGGAUACUAUCAGUUCCUGCAGAAAGCCGAUACGGUGGACUUUCUGUCCACGCCUGAAAUCCAGUAUAUUCAGAGCUCUGUUCAGGAUCCUCAGCACAGCAGCCACCCUGAGCUACCUUUCCUGGAGAGCGGGGGAGAUGGCUCCUCAGACACUUACUGGCCUGUUCAUUCUGACCUGGACAUCCCAGAUUUGGACCUUGGCUGGCCUCAGCUGCUCCACUUCAUCGGGCCCACAGAGGUCACCACCCUGGUCAACCCUCCUGAGCCAGACAUGCCGAGUAUCAAGGAGCAGGCGCGACGACUUAUCAAGAACGCUCAGCAGGUUAUUGCCAUAGCGAUGGACAUGUUUACUGAUGUUGACAUUUUUGCGGAUAUUCUCAAUGCCGCAGCGAGGAACGUCGCUGUGUACAUCCUUCUAGACCAACAGAAUGCACAUCACUUCAUCAACAUGGUGUCCAACUGCAGAGUAAAUCUGCAGAGCAUUCAAUUUUUACGCGUGAGAACUGUGUCUGGCAUCACGUAUCAGUGCCGCUCAGGAAAAACCUUUAAAGGUCAAAUGAUGGAUCGCUUUUUGCUGACUGACUGCAGAGCUGUGCUGAGCGGAAAUUACAGCUUCAUGUGGUCUUUUGAAAAGCUGCACCGCUGUAUGGCACACCUGUUCCUUGGACAGCUGGUAACAACCUUUGAUGAAGAGUUUCGGAUUCUGUUUGCUCAGUCCCAACCGCUAAUAAUUGAAAAUGUACUUCCUCCAAUGGAAGAUUUAAGCCUUUUACAAAAGAGGCAAUACCCAAGUGAAAGAACUGCACUGUACAGAGAUAACAGAAAGUUUCUCUCAGUGGAUACUGGUUAUCCUGAUGAAUUGGCAAGACAUUCCUAUGAGGAUCGAAUGGAUGGGGAUUGGAGGAUGAAACCCCUUAAAAGGCAGGAUUCGCUGCGUGGCCCUGCAGACAUGUACAGUCGGUUUCCUCCUCACCAAUCGCGCAUGGAUCCGCCUUAUGAUCAAGGUCCCUCUAGGGUUCCCAUGAUCGACAACCCUGCUUUUAAACGCCACUCUUACGCUGAGGGUGGUCGUGGGAGAUACUCUUUCCCAUUCCUGCAGCAACAGGCAAUGCCAGACUCCGAGGCUCAGGGAAGGCAUUUUCACAGAGGGCAGCAGCCUUAUCCGGGACCAGGAAUGGGACCUGGACCAGGACCCGAACCGGAUUGUAGUGGCUAUGACAAGUUCUGGAACCAAGACUUUCAUACAGCAGAUCAGUACACUGAACCUGGUUUACCACAAGAUAUCCCACUAUCUGAUAACUUUGACCCCAUUCGUAACUAUUUAUCAUCCACCAGAAAUCUAGACUUUGACCAGAGCUCAGAUAAGUUACCACCUGCAGCAGAUUUGCCUUUUAAUUCAUCGCAACCUAGAAGACUGAGCUUAGGCCAGCCAUAUGCCUGUCAGACCUCUCCCACUCCCUCAAACCCGACUGAUCAGAAACAAUUUUUUCAAGAGCCUGCCGCCGACCGUAAGGAUCCUAUGGUGAAACGUGGCCUGAGGAACUGGAGGAUUAGCUCAUACCUCAGUGCAUAUGAUAACCCAGAUGAUGAAGACCUGCCGAUGGCAGCAAUUCAGGCACCAGAUCCUUUUGAGCAGAGCUCUAACCCCACACAGCCAACACCAGGCAUAGACCUAACAGUUCCUAAAAUACCUAAUGUCAGAGAGUUCAAGGUUCCUGCAGUGCCUAGGGCAAGUCAGAUUCCCAAUUAUGCCAAAACAGCUGCCAGAGAACAACCAAAGAAACUGCCUGAUGAACCUGCUGCAGUGGGAACAGAAAUCAAAACAACACCGACAUCUUCAGAAUCAUCGUCCACAACUGAAGUGGUAAGGGCAGAGGAGGCAGAACAAAAGGAGACGACAACUGCCGGUCUUCAAAGGAACGAGUCUUUCCGUAGGAAAUACAAUGCUGCAGUUCCAAGGAGCUCCAGGUUAAGAUCCUCUCUGAUAUUCAGCUCUCUGGACCAACAGACUCCUCAGGAUCCCAAAACUGCUGCUCCAGAUCAACAAGAUGAGGAAGGUGACAAAAAAGAAGCUGAACCAACAAAACUGCCUUUUGUUUCUCAGGUUUUGGGACAAAGGAGGAGGGAACCUUUUGAAUUGAGUCGUUACAUAAAGUCAUCCACAGAAUCAUCCAGACCAGAUGAUGGAGACAGUAAAUUGGACAGUAAAGAUUCAUCCAAUGAAGACAGCUUGAACAAUCUUUCACAAAAACCUGCAAAACAGGAGCCAUUAAAACUGCCAGAUGCAGAGCAAGGUAAUCUUUCACCAUCUAUGCCUCGAUCCAAGCCUUCUGAAGCGGAGCUACCGGUACAACCACCUCAACCAUUACUCCCCAGUUCAUUGUUUGUAGACAUGAGUGAUCCUGAUAAUAGGCUCAUGUUUUUCAAAGAGCUGGCAGCAAAACGUAAAGCCGCUAAAGCUGCAGAGGCUGAAAAGAGUAAAGAAAAGCCUCAGGUGAAACCAUCAGUCGAUCUGAAAACCAACACCGAUGUUAAAAAGGAUGAACCUUCAGCAAAAGAAACCAUUGCUCCAACAUCUGAGAGCAUAUUAGAAAAGAAACCUGCUGCAGAGGGUGCAGGAAAAAUGGCAUCAACAGAUGCCUGUGGGUCAGUUAGUCAGCCUGUAGUCGCCAGUGAAAAGAGUGACAAGCAGGACAGUCCUGUUCAAACCUCCCAAAGCUGUAAACCAGAGCAAACCAAAGUUUCAGCUGAUUCAGGGAUGAAAGAGCUGGAGAACAACCAGUCAGCAGUCACUCUUCCUGUUUCUUCAAAAACGGAAGCCCCUCAGAGCAAAACACCACAUCUGUCAAAUCCUGCUAUAAAAGAGAGUAGCCACAGACACCCACCCACACCAACUAAUGCUGCUCAUGUUUCCUCUCUUGUACAAGGAACUGCUGAAAGUGAAAGCCCAAGCCUUGAUCCUACCUCAAAGGAGUCUAAUUCAAUUACUCCCAGUUCAGUAGCGGUAACAUCAUCCUCUUUGUUGGGUUCUAACACUCAGUCAGUUCAGUUAGAAACCAGCAUCUGUUCUCUUCCAUCUGAACAAGACACUAGAUCAGAGAUUAGCUCCUCAAGCCCACCAGUGCAAAGCUCUUCCUCUGAUCACACUCUGCAAGAUGCCUUAUCCUCUAGUUUGCCCACUCUUUCCAGUACAGAAGACCCCAAGUCCCCGAAAAUUAUCCCAGAAGAUUCCAGUUCUACCCCUGCCUCCAACAUAUCUCCAAAUCUUGAUGAAACAGAACCACAGGGAUCUGUCACUUCCUCACUUCAGGAAUCAUCCCAAUCAGCUGAGGAAACAUCACAAAAAUCUGAGAAUCUGAGUCACCAAACCCAUGUAGAUUCUGCUGUCCAAUUGUCAUCUUCAGAGACCCCUUCACAAGUUGAAUCUACCCACAUGGAAAUGGAUAGUUCUCCUGAUGCCUGUGCUGCUGGUUCAGAGCCAAAUGAAUCCUCCUUAGAGUCCACCACAAAGACAAACUCUGGAGAAGUUUCUACUACUGUACCUUCAGCAAAAGAAUCCAAACAGGAUACUUCUGAAUCAGACAAAGCUGUUUCUGAAUCAGAAAAGGGUGUUUCAGAAUCUGACAAAGAUGCUUCUGAAUCAGAACCAAGGACUGUUUCAGAGGAAUCUGAGGUUCUUGCAUCAUCAGAGGAUGUUAAAGAUGACAGCAUAUCUCCUAGUUGUACUUCAGCUGAGUCAGGUUUACUCAGUCUUUCUAGUCCGGAAAGCCCUCCAUCCAAAACUGAUUUAAAAGAGACUGUUACUCCUAUAACCACUCCAGCAGACACUGCACGUGAGCGUUUGCCAUCAGAAACAAGCUCAUCUGCCAAUACAGAUGGAACUUCUAAUGACUCUCAAUCAGAGGCAGCAUCUCCUAAAGAUGCACCAGUACAAGUCACCCCUCCCUCUGACUUUAAGUUGACAGGACUGGAUGCACCUACUCCUCCUAAAGAAGUAUCAUGUUCUUCUCCUUUGUCUGAGUCGGUUGGAUCUGUUUUGUCCCCUUUAACUAAAAACACAGAAACUGACGUGUCUGCUUUGUCCAGUCCCUCAAAUACAAAAUCCCUUCCCAGUGAAACUCCAUCAGAAUCAGAUACAGCUCCACUUCACGAAUCAACUAAAUCUCCCUCCAACCCAACUGGACCUGUUCCAACAGACUCUGAUCUACCAUCCAAAACACCUGAAUUGGUGACUUCAGAAAGCCAAACCUCAGAGCAGCCUGUACCUGCUGAAACUAGUACAACUGAGCCUGAAAUAUUGGACACAAGUGAGAAAAAAUCUGAUACUGAGGACACAAAUAAGAUCGAUAAAAGUAGCACCCAGGAGUCUGUCAACAGUGAUAAACCAAACGACCAACUCAAGCAAAAUAACUGCUCUGAAUCAACAGAGAUCACAUCCAAGCAGCCAAAAACAAGCCAGUCUCGCUACCACUCAUCAACAGCCAACGUGCUCUCAAGCAGCAACCUGAGAGACGACACAAAACUGCUUCUAGAGCAGAUUUCUGUAAAUAGGAAUGAGGUUACCAAAGAGUCUCCUGUUACCAAAGAGUCUCCUGUCACUGAUGACGAGAAAGAAGACGAAGCUGACAAAAAUGCCAAAAAAGAAAGAGGAUACAGGACUUUUAGCAGAGUGCCGACUAAGCCGACCCCAGAACGUGAGAAGCUGCUGGAGAGGAUCCAGAGCAUGAGGAAGGAGAGGAAAGUUUACAGUCGAUUUGAGAUGGCACCGUAAAUGGGAUCCAAAGAAGACAAACAGUGGAUAUUGAAUGUUUACAAAGAAGUGAAAUCAGAUGAGAAGCUGAAAUGGAAAUGGUGACAUUCCAUCCAUCCAUCAAUCCUCUAUACACCGCUUUAUCCUCACUAGGGUCGCGCUGGAGCCUAUCCCAGCUGACUCGGGUGAAGGCAGGGGACACCCUGGACAGGUCACCAGUCUGUCACAGGGCUACAUAUACAGACAAUCACACUCACACCUACAGGCAAUUUAGAGUCAUCAAUUAACUUUUUGUCAUCGAUUAACUCUCCGGAGUGCCCGGAGAAAACCCACGCAUGCACAGGGAGAACAUGCAAACUCCAUGCAGAAAGAUCCCAGGCCCACCCCGGGAUUCAAACUGGGAUCUUCUCUCUGCAAGGCGAAAGUGCUAACCACUACGCUCCUAUGGUGACAUUUCUCUUUGGGAUUUCUCUUUGGGUGCUCAACAAACAAGCCUCAUUAUGCACAGAAGAGUAAGAAGAUUGGAGACGCUGGACUUUAAAGGGUAAAAAUAUCAGCACUAAAAAGUCGUGUUCAACAAAGGGCUUCUGUGGUUGUGGUCACUACCAGGGUGAAAUGUUCACGAACUGAGACUACAUUUAUGUGACCAACCAUGUUUUUACUGACUGCAUGGGUAAAGUGCAAUGUGUGCAACAGAGUUUCUGUGAAGAAGCUUAUUUUUUGCAACACUGACAGCAAUGUCUGCUGGUCUAAAGACCUGUGAUGUUAAAGUGUAACAGGAAACGUUUAAUGUGGUCAGAGUCUGUACAACUGUAAUACACUGCUGUUUGUAUCAUAGUAUUUCACAAUCAUGUUAAACAAAGAUGUUAUUUACAUAUAUUUUUAAACAAGUGGAUAUGUACGCUAACUUCCAUCCACGCUUGUGUAAAUAAACUGCAAUUUUAAUCAAAAUUAUAUUUAAAAAAAACUGAGAUUGAAACUGAACAGCAGCUUAAAAUGAUGUGCUUUCAAUAUUAAUGUGUAAAUCAUACUGUAUGUGUAGUUUUUUGUUUGUGUUAAUGAACACAGGAGUCAUUGAGGUUUAAUGUCAGUUUUCCAAGCUGCAUCUGGUUGCCUUAAAGCAGGGAUGUCAAACUCAUUCCACAAAGGGCUGGCGUGGCUGCAGGUUUUUGUUCCAACUAAGCAGCAUCAUACCAGACCUGACUCAUUUAAUCAACCGAUCUCAGUCUGCAGACAGGUGAUUGGUCAGACUGUGUGUUCUAGGCUACAGCAUUUAGUUCCAACAUAUCUACAGCACACAGUCUGACCAAUCACCAGUCUGGAGACUGAGCUCGGUUGAUUAAAUGAGUCACGUCUGGUAUGAUGCUGCUUAGUUGGAACAAAAACCUGCAGCCACACCGGCCCUUUGUGGAAUGAGUUUGACAUCCCUGCCUUAAAGGGUCCGACAAUGCAAAUCACCCAAAGCAUUUUCAUUCGAAUGAUUAGUUAAACACAAAAUAUAAAGCUUUUUAAGUGUAUUUUUUACCAUGUAAAGCCAAAGCUACCUACAAAUGUUUUUUUUUUUGGUAAUAUGCUGGAACCAACCUUACAAUUGUCUUAAAAUGCCUCUGACAAACCAGUGUUUAAAUGACAACUUUACUAUAUUUACAUAACAAUAUGUAAACUUGUGCCUUUUUAAAGUUACAGUUUUACAGAUUCAUGAUAUGCGUCUUCAGUAGCAGUUGUAAAUAAAAUUUCUUAAACGUG